AUACGGCACCACUUUGUUAAGGGUCAAAACUGUAAUUUACUUCUUUUCGGCGGACGUAUAUAAAGUUAUAAACCAGACCAAUUGAACCAACCCAAACUUCAGAAAAUUUUAAAGCCUAAACCGAAUUGAGCCGGAUGCGCACCAGAAACUAUAAAAAGUCUGUUGAUCAACGCCGACUUUAAACAGCUUCUCUCGUAAAACCUUUAAGCAGGGAUUUUCAUCAGUGAAAGAUGCAAGACGAUGAGGUUAUAUGGCAGGCUAUCAGACACAAGCAUUGCAGUUACAUGGCCAAGUAUGUCCAUCUCUUUUCUUUUGCUUUUUGUCUGAAAGAUUUUGUUUUGAUGAGAUUUUUUUGCUUUUAAUUUUUAUUACUUUUUUUUUUUGUAGAAUCGAAACCGGAAACUUCUGCAGAAACCCUUAUAACGUAACGGGUAUCUGCAACCGAAGCUCUUGCCCUCUUGCCAACAGUCGCUACGCCACCAUCCGUGACCACGAUGGAGUGUUUUAUUUAUAUAUGAAGACAAUAGAGAGAGCUCACAUGCCAAAGAACUUGUGGGAGAGAAUAAAGCUGCCUAGAAACUAUGAGAAGGCCCUUGAACUCAUUGAUAAGCACUUGCUGUAUUGGCCCAAGUUGCUGCAGCACAAGGUUAAACAAAGACUGACCAAAAUGACUCAGAUCCGUAUUCGUACCAGAAAACUUAAUCUCAAAACAAGGGAGAAGAUAAUGACUAUGCCUAGGAGGGAUGUAAAGAGAGAGCCAAGAAGAGAGGAAAAGGCUUUAACAGCAGCAGAGUUGGAGAAGUCCAUUGAAACAGAGUUGUUAGAACGUUUGAUGAAAGGCGUUUACCCUAAGAUACUCGAUUACCCAGAGCUUGUUCCUGAACUUCAAAAGGAAGUUGAAGUUGAAGUAGAAGAAGAAGAGAAGGAGCCAGAGAUUGAAUAUGUUGAAGGCUAUGAUGAACUCUUGGAAGAAGAUGAAGAAGAUAUUGAAGAUUUCUAUGGCGGCUUCCCAUCUAAGGAGUCUCACCGUGACAGUGAUGAUGAUGAUUAUGACUUUGAAGAUGAUGAUGAUGCUGAGGAGAAAGUAGUGAUUCAUAAAAAGGGGAGAGCUUUGAAAAAGUUUGAUGGUAAUGGAAAGUCUAAGAAGAAAUCAAGAGUAGUUGUUGAGGUCGACCAAGAAGAUGGAGAUACCAGGCAAUGCUUUAAAAGCCUAAAGCUUUGAGAAGAUAUGAAAGUUUUUAUUCCCUUUUUGACGUAAAGCUAACAUGUUAGUUACAUUUAUAAAACCAAAAAAAAAAAAAAAACUUGCUUUGGUUUGAGUUUUUGUCACUUGUGAUUCUCUUUGUAUGUUAAAGGAGACGCAGAGAUAAGAUAUCAAUACAUUUUAUCUGCACAAA